UUUCUACCCUCUCAACUUCUGUUGUUAACACUGCAGUUGCAGCAGAGAAGCGAGGGACGAAAAAAAGUACUUGUCGUUGGCUUAAUAAUAAAAAAUAUCCUCUCUGUUUUUGUCAACAUUUCAUUUUAGUACAAAAAUGCUUUUAAGGAGUUCGUCAAUACCGAUACGUGACUCAUGGGUCUCACACUCGAAGAAUUUCUCUCCUGCGCCGGAGUUAUUGCACCAGAGUUCCCUGACCCGAACCGUUUCAUGUUCGUGCUCCAUUUCUGCAGGGUCGAUCGACGAUUCGAGUUGGAGGAUGAUGAGGACGGUGUCGGGUACGGAUUUGAGGGAUCUGGUCGUCCCCCAGAUGAAAACCGCUAAGAAUAAUAACGUGCUCUUGGAUGGGAUCUGUGUCGAGGAAGAAGAGGUGGAAGAGUGUGGGAUAGGCGGUGGUGGGGGACAAAUCGUCGGCGGAGGAAGAGGAGGUGGUGGUUCGGACAGUGAGGAUAACGAAUGGGGAUUUUGCGAUUCGAAAAAAGGAAAUGAUAGUACCGAUUUGUAUUAUCAGAAAAUGAUCGAGGCUAAUCCUGGAAAUACACUUCUCCUCAGCAAUUACGCUAAAUUUUUAAAGGAGGUACGAGGGGACUUCGUGAAAGCCGAGGAAUAUUGUGGGAGGGCAAUAUUGAUAAAUCCGAAUGAUGGGAAUAUUUUGUCUAUGUACGCCGAGUUAAUAUGGCAGACUCACAAAGAUGAUCGGAGAGCUGAAGCUUACUUCGAUCAAGCUAUUAAAUCCGCCCCUGACGACUGUUUUGUGCUAGCAUCAUAUGCACGAUUUCUUUGGGAUGCUGAAGAAGAAGAAGAAGAAGAAGAAGUAAGGGAAAAUACGAGUGAGAGAUUAGAACAGAGCUUUUUCCAUGGAGCUCCUCCAUCGCCUUCUCCUUUGGCGGCUGCUCCUUUGUAUUUAGCGGUUUCUGACUUUUGUUAAUAUGCCCUUCUUGUUUUGUUUAUAUAUAUAUGUAUGUACUUGUAUAAAGGAUGAGAUUUGUAGUUAUGGAGAGAGCUUUUCUACAUUUCUCAUCGUUGGAGCCGUAUCAUGUAAAAAGGUCAAAUAAGAUAUGACCAAUGACGCAAUCUCUCUAAUGAUGUUUUGCAUAUGUUAUGAAUAAAAUUGUUUAGAUUUAUGUUU